GUUAGGGUAUUUGCUCACUCAGGGUUAGGACCGAAUUCCCAAGACGUCAUCCUCGGCUCUUCCCGAACCUUCGUUGCUUCGUUCGGAGCUUUCGUAAGUUAUGACAAAGUGGCCCGAGCUCCCAAUCAGCAAUUAGCGAAUCUGUUGAGCAGUGUCUGUCGGAGCUUGCCUGCCGAUCGCAACCGACCGGAGUCCCCCAAGAUCCCGUUGCGCGCGCGGACUGGACCCGGACAUUGCUCGCUACCUCUAGUGCUGGUACAGUUACCUUAGCUGCUCGGUAAGUUUCCGACGGAACUUGUCAAUGAUCUUUUUGAACGAGCAACUACAACUACAACAACAACAACAACAACGGAAACUAAGACGAUAACACUAUUCACAAUGGGCCUCGAACUCCCCGCCUACGUCCUCUCCGCUCUCACGGUCACCGGUGGUAUCGCCGGCUAUGCCCGCACCAAGUCGAAGCCUUCCAUUAUUGCCGGUUGCGCUGUCGGUCUUCUUUACGGCCUCGGCGGCUACCGCAUCCAAAACAACCAGCCCUACGGCGUCGAGCUCGGCCUCCUCGCCUCCGUCGUCCUCGGCGGCGCUUCCCUUCCCCGCGCCAUUAAGCUCCGCAAGCCUGUGCCCAUGAUGCUCAGCGCCAUUGCUGCUUUUGGGCUGUAUACCUUUGGUGAUGCUUUCCGCAAGACUCUUUGAGGGAGCCGACCAGAAAAAAACAAAAUAACCGGUGUCGGGGGCGGGAGGGUGUUUUGGUAGAGGGGAGUAGUGAUAUUUCUUCUUCUGCCUGUCCAGUAUCCAAUGUUACAUGUGAAAAGGAAAAAAAAAAAGGAAACAAAAUGCAAGUUGCGCCGCCCAUAUGCUCUCUCUCUCUCUCUCUCUCUCUCU